AUGAUAUUAUCGAGAAUAAAAAAAGGAGAGAGGAAGACUCCGUCGAUCUCCAGUGCUCCUCAGUCCACAACCGCCGCCGCCACCAGACCAAUGGCGUCGCCUCGCCACCGCUCCUUCCCGCUCCGCCUCCUCGUCCUCUUCCCCGUCUCACUAUGUAUCCUCCUCCUCCUCCUCCGCCGCUCCUCCUACGCCGCACCUCCGCUCAUACCCGCGCGUCCGGCUCCGGAUCCCCACCGGUUCUCCCUCCUCAUCAAACUCCUGGCCUACGAUCGCCCCGCCCCUCUGCUUCGCUGCCUCCGUUCCCUCGCGUCUGCCGACUACGAUGGCGACCGCGUCGCACUGCACGUCCUCCUCGACCACCUCCCGCCCAACUCGUCCGCCCCACUCCUUGCAGCGUCCCACGAGAUCCUCACCGCCGUCGACGCCUUCCCCUGGCCGCACGGGGAGAAGCGCAUCCACUACCGGGUGGCUAAUGCGGGGCUCCAGGCGCAGUGGAUCGAGGCGUGGUGGCCUGGCUCGGACGACGAGUUCGCCUUCGUCGUUGAGGAUGACCUCGAGGUCUCACCGCUCUACUACAGGUUCCUAAAGCGGGUGGUCAUGAGGUACUACUACGACAGGGAGAACUACAGUCCCUAUGUCUUCGGCGCGUCACUGCAGCGCCCCCGGUUCGUCGCAGGUAAACAUGGAAACAAGAUACAGCUGGACAGUGAAACUAGACUAUUCUUGUACCAGAUGGUUGGUACAUGGGGCCAACUUCUCUUUCCCAAACCAUGGAAAGAAUUUCGAUUAUGGUAUGAUGAACAGAAAGCCAAAGGAAUCAAACCUAUUCUUCAAGGCAUGAAAACUACAGGAUGGUACAGAAAGAUGGGCGAGAGAAUAUGGACUCCUUGGUUCAUUAAAUUUGUCCACUCACGUGGAUACUUCAACAUCUACACAAACUUCUUGAAGGAAAGGGCCCUCAGCAUCUCUCAUAGGGAUGCAGGUGUGAACUAUGGAAGAAGUGUUGGACCAGAUUCUACAUUGUUAGAUGGGAAUAAUCUCGAUUUCAACGUAUGGCAAUUGCAGCCUCUAAAGAAGCUAAAAUGGUAUGAUUUCUGCUUUGCUGAAAUUCUUCCAGGAAGGUUUGUUAGGAAAUUUAGUGAACUUGGUUCUGUGCUCAAGUCCGUCCAAUUCGGAAACAAUGUUGUACUCAUAAGUUUGUAUUCAGUGGAACAGAGGAUUGUGAGAAACCUUAUUUGCCAUCUUGAGAAGACGGGCAUGCGAAAUUACAUCUUCCUUGGUGACAAUUCAGAGUUUCUGGAUGACCUUGCUCAUAGAGGACAUGCCGUCAUUGAUGUUAUUGAGUUGCUGCAGGGGAUCAAAAUGAGUGGUUAUAUGAAUUCUGAUGGUUUUGUUAAGGAAAUACUAGCUAAAGCUUACGUGAUACAACAUUGCUUGAACCUGGGUUACAACCUAUGGGUACUAAAUGGUAAUAUGAUUUCACUUGGCAGUAAGUUGGUUGAGCCAUCAAAUCAAUCAGUUGACAUUUUUACUGCAGACCCUGUGGAUUUGAUAUUUAUAAGAAGCUCACAAGGCUCUAAAAAAACAUGGAAUGAGCAUAUUAUAUCGAGAGUAGCAGAUGGUGGAUUUGCUUCUGUGAAACAUGUGAGUUUUGUUCAUAUACUUACCAGAGUGUUGGAAAACAAUGGUGGUGGUGUGAGGCUGGGGAAACUGAAUGAGGAGAUAAUGACUAUGGAAUUAGGGCCUAACAUGUCGAAUAGAUCACUGUCAGAGGGUCAAAGUAAAAUGCUUUUCUGGUCUGACAGUGUGGCUUCAGAUUCGGUACAAAGGCAACUCGGAAAUGUGAAUUUGUGGUUAAUUGACUCAGAUUCAUCUUGUAGUGCUGUUGUUUGUAACCAAAAGCAGAAGUAG